AUGGCCACCGUGGAUGUCUCGGAGCACAGCCUCCUCUCACAAUUGAUUCCCCAUCUCGACCGCCAUCUCGUCUUCCCGCUGCUCAACUUUGAGGAGGAACAGACGCCCGAAGAGCAGGACACGACCCACAUCACCAAGCUGAAAUAUGCGCUGCUCAAGGAGACCAACAUGCACGAUUUCGUCGGAGAUCUUUACGCGGAUUUGAAUYCGCUCGAUGAGCGCCCAGCAGAAUACGYGGCCAAGCGCGAGGAAGUGCUGGAGAGACGGCGCAUCUUCGAGGAGGAGACGGAGAAGAUCCAGGGUCUGCUGGCCAGCGAGGAUGUCAUCACCAACCUGCGUAGUGACAAGAACAGCAACAUGAACUACUUGAAGGAGAACCACGGAGUCACCCCACAAAUGGUCGACCAGCUGUACGACUUCGGCCAGUUCCAGUACGCAUGUGGUGACUAUGGCUCAGCCGCCGAGCUUCUCUACCAGUUCCGUAUCCUUUCCACCGACAACGACAAGGUCAACGCCGCGACGUGGGGAAAGCUGGCCUGUGACAUCUUGACCGUUAACUGGGAGAGCGCAAUGGAGGAGGUGAUGAAGAUCAAGGAAAGCAUCGACACACGUCUCUUCAACAACCCACUCGCCCAGCUGCAGCACCGCACUUGGUUGGUCACCUGGUCACUCUUCCCCUUCUUCAACCAUGAGCCGGCGCGCGAGGCUCUCACCGAACUCUUCUUCUCCCCCGCAUACAUCAACACCAUCCAGACUUCAUGCCCGUGGAUCCUGCGCUACCUCUGCGCAGCCGUCAUCACCAACCGUAACCGGCCCGGCAGCAAGAGCAACUUCAUCUAUGGCAACUACCAGAAGCAGCUGAAGGAUCUCGUUCGUAUCGUCAGGCAGGAGCAGUACGAGUACAACGACCCCGUAACCUCAUUCGUCAAGGCGCUCUAUGUCGAUUUCGACUUUGAGGAGUCGCAGAAGCGUCUGUUGGAGUCAGAGGAGAUCUUAAAGGCCGACUUCUUUUUGGCCGCUGCUUCAGAGACCUUCACCGAUGCUGCGAGACAUUUGAUUUCGGAGAGCUACUGCAAGAUUCACCAACGGAUUGAUAUCAAGGACCUCUCCACCCGCCUCGGCCUCUCGCACGAUGAGGGUGAGAAGUGGAUUGUCAACCUUAUCCGUGACACACGCGUCGACGCCAAGAUUGACUACAAGGCCGGUACUGUGGUCAUGAACCACCCGCCCGUCAGCGUUUAUCAGCAGGUCAUUGAGCGCACCAAGGGCGGCUUCUUCCGGACACAGGUGUUGAGUGCUGCUGUUGCUCGAUAA